AUGUUGAUGGAGCAGCGGUCCCGUCCAACCACUGCUCCUGACGACGACCGUGGAGGUGGCGCAGCGCUUCCUUCCUGUGUAUGUGCUUCUCAUGACAACCAGGGUCGCAAUUUCCACGGGUCUCACAUUUUGCCGCAACACCUGGCGAUCGGGUCAGAGCGCGCCACCGACACCGUUCGGUUCAACGACGAGGAUCUGAGUGAAGAGAUUGACAAGAAUGUGUACCGAAGAUUUUGGAGGACGGAUCCAGACGGAGACAUCUCGAAAUUAGAAUGUCCUCCUUUAGGUCUGGAGUCUCUGAAGGUCAAGGACACGCAGCUGAGCGCAUCGUCCUACAAGCGCAAAGGCCUGGGCCCCCACCGCGGGCGCCUCAACAUCCAGUCUGGCAUCCAUGACGGUGACAUCUAUGACGGGGCGUGGUGCGCCCAGUACAGAGACAGGAACCAGUGGCUGCAGGUGGAUGCUCUAAGGCCCACCCGCUUCACCGGAGUCAUCCUCCAGGGACGCAGCUCCAUUUGGAGCUGGGACAUUGUGUACACCUACAAGGUGCAGUUCAGCAACGACACCCUGGUCUGGACCCCUUGUAUGAACGGCACAGAGGAGGCGGUGUUUGAAGGGAACAAGGACGCAGAGACGCCCGUCCUCGCCCUUUUCAACAGGUCGACGGUGGCGCGCUUCAUCCGCAUCAAUCCCCAGACGUGGUACCAAAACGGUUCUGACGGAGAGGUCUGCCUGAGAGCCGAGGUGCUGGGCUGCGCCCUUCCAGACCCUAACAAUAUCUAUGCAUGGCAGACAGAGCCGAUACAGUCCAAAGACAAACUGGACUUCAGACACCACAGCUACAAGGAGAUGAGGAAGCUCAUGAAGUCGGUGCACGAGGCGUGCCCAGAUAUCACCCGCAUCUACAGCAUCGGGAAGAGCCACAUGGGUCUCAAGCUCUACGUCAUGGAGAUUUCUGACAACCCGGGGAAACAUGAACUGGGAGAGCCGGAGUUCCGCUACGUGGCUGGGAUGCAUGGGAACGAAGCGCUUGGCAGGGAACUGCUACUGAACCUGAUGGAGUACAUGUGUCAGGAGUACAAACGUGGAGACCAGCGUGUGGUUCGCCUGGUCAAAGAAACCCGCAUCCAUCUGCUGCCUGCCAUGAACCCCGACGGUUAUGAGAUGGCCCUCAAAAAGGGUUCAGAGCUAGGAGGGUGGGCGCUGGGUCGGUAUAGCUACGAGGGCAUCGACAUGAACCACAACUUCGCUGACCUCAACUCGGUGAUGUGGAACGCCAUCGAGCUGGAGACGGACAAAUCCAAACUCAUCAACCACUACUUCCCGGUCCCUGCACAGUACAACUCCAAGGACGCCUUCGUGGCGUUGGAGACCCGGGCCGUUAUCAAGUGGAUGCAGACUAUCCCCUUUGUUCUCAGUGCCAACCUCCACGGUGGGGAGCUGGUGGUCACUUACCCUUUCGACAUGACCCGUGACUGGGCACCCCGUGACCACACUCCCACUGCUGACGAGAGCUUCUUCCGCUGGCUGGCCACAGUGUACGCCAGCACCAAUCAGGUGAUGUCGAACCCAGACCGGCGGCCCUGUCAUAACAAGGACUUCAUCAGAUAUAAUAACAUCAUCAAUGGAGCAGACUGGCACAACGUACCAGGAAGUAUGAAUGAUUUUAGCUACCUGCACACCAACUGUUUUGAGGUGACGGUGGAGCUGUCCUGUGAUAAGUUCCCCCAUGUCAGCGAGCUCCCCGUGGAGUGGCAGAACAACAGAGAGUCUCUGCUGGUCUACAUGGAGCAGGUCCACCGUGGGCUAAAGGGUGUAGUUCGUGACAAAGACACGGAGGCCGGUAUAGCGGAUGCCAUCAUAAAAGUUGAUGACAUAGACCAUCACAUCCGAUCAGUGGCGGAUGGAGACUACUGGCGCCUCCUGAAUCCUGGCGAGUACCAGGUGACAGCCAGCGCUAAGGGCUAUUACCCCUCCACCCGCACCUGCUUCGUCAUGUAUGACCACUACCCCACCAUCUGCGACUUCCGCCUCACGAAGACACCCAAGUGGAGGCUGAAGGAGAUUCUGGCAAAGGGGGGCAAAAUCCCCAAGGACUUGCAGCUGAGGCUACGCCAGCACCGUCUGCGGAAGCUGCGUGUCAGUACCAAAACCAUCAAACAGAGGCGUGCAAGAGCACCCAGGAGGACAUGA